UUGUCAAGUAUUUGACAAUCUGUCGAGCCGUCAAGAUACGGCGGUCGUGUUUGAAAAUUGCGAAAUAUUUCUUAUAAAAUAUUUAUACUUUAAUUAUGAGAAAUAUUCAAAUAAUCUUUAAGGGAUAUGUCAAGCAACUCCUAAUGUUUUAGGAGAUAAAUACAGAACAGUUAUUUAUUUAUUGCAUAAUAUAUGAAUAGGUUAUAUUAUUUACAAGAAUAUUGUUCAUAUUUUAAAUAUUAUUUAAUUUAAUCUAUUUAAUUACAAUGGAGGGUUCAGAGAAUCAAAGGUCCAACAGGUCCUACUUAUCACCGUUGUUGGCGGGAGCUCUGGCCGGUGUGUCUGUGGAUGUAACUCUGUAUCCUUUAGACACUAUUAAAACCCGUCUUCAAAGCCAACAAGGCUUCUACAAGGCCGGUGGGUUCAGAGGAGUGUAUCAAGGUCUAUUGACAGUGGCCACGGCGUCCAUGCCCACUACAGCCCUGUUCUUUGCCUGUUAUGAGGCCACUAAGAAUGUCUGCACACCAAUGGUGUCUCCACAAUAUGCUCCCUUAGUGUAUAUGUUAUCAGCGAGUGUGGGAGAAGUUUGUGCGUGCGUAGUCCGUGUGCCGGCUGAAGUAGCCAAGCAGAGGAAACAAACAUAUGUGGGGACAGAAAAGUGUAGCAGCAUUGGGAUACUGAUGAAGGCCUUCAAGCUGCAGGGUGUCAGCGGCGUGUACCGCGGCUUCCUGUCCACGGUCCUCCGCGACCUUCCCUUCAGUUUCCUGGAGCUGCCUCUGUGGGAGUUCCUCAAACAGCAGCUCCGCGACAGAAACGACGGACACAUCACCAGCCUGCAGAGCGCCGCGUGCGGGUCGCUGGCGGGCGGGGCGGCGGCGGCGGCCACCACGCCUCUGGACCUGGCCAAGACCCGCAUCAUGCUAGCGGAGUGCUCGCGCCGGCCCUCCAUCGGCCUCGUGCUGCAGGACAUCUACCUCCAGGGCGGGGUGCGCGGGUUGUUCGCGGGCGUGCUGCCGCGGGUCACCGCCUUCAUGCUGGGCGGCUUCGUCUUCUUCGGGGUCUACGACGACACCAAGAAGCUGUUCGACGACUACUUCCACAGAUAGCAGCGGAAGCUCCCCUCCCCCCGCUCACAGAGGCGGGGUACACGUUACCCUAACAUACUAUUUGUUUAUUAAACUGUUUGUGGCCA